UAUUAUUAAAAGUCACAUGAUAAGAAAACAUGGUGGACGAGACAAACAAGUACUAAAGUGAAAGUAGAAAAAAAGUUAUGAGGUGUUUUAGUAACAUACGCCUUUAAAUGCUUUGAUAUAUUGAGGGAAGAGAAUAAGACAAAAUGGUGGACGAAAGGAAGCGUUUGAUACCUCCUCGUCAUGACGACACCGAAGAAGAAGCUCCUUGUAGUUGCUGUAAUAUUCCAAGAUUCAGCAAUAAAAUUCUGGCGAAGGCGACCAUUCUGGCUGCUGUCGCAUUUGAAAGACUUGCAUUCUACAGCAUAUCUGGGAAUCUUAUUUUGUUUCUGAAUGGAACUAAGUACAACUGGUCGUCCCUGUAUGCACUGGAUGCAUCAUUCUUUUUUCUUGGAUUUGCAUGCAUUUCUUACUUCCUGGGUGGGAUAAUUGCUGACAUAAAGUUUGGCAGAUUUCGUGUGAUAGUGGCAGCCUUUAUAAUUUACUUAAUAGGAUACAUUCUAUUCCCUAUGCUGUCAAAUGAAAAUAUUGAAAAACAGUUGAUGAACUUGUCGUCAUUAAAUUGUAUCCAUCGAAAUUCCACAUAUGCAACAGAUGCAUUGACAAAUCAGUGUUCAGUUCUUAUAUUUGUUGCAUUAGCUAUAGUUGGAAUAGGGACAGGAAUGCUGCGGGCGAAUAUCGCCCCAUUCGGAGCUGAUCAGCUUAGAGGUGAAAGUGGAAAUAGUACAGUGGUAUUUUUCAACUGGUACUAUUGGUCUAUCAAUGUUGGCACACUAGCAGCUCUUGGAGGCAUUGCAUACAUACAGCAAGGAGUUAAAGACGAUGGUUUCUUUUAUGGAUAUCUAAUUGGAAUGUGCUUUCUCUUCGCAGGAAUGAUCGUCUUCUUGUCAGGUAAAUGUACAUAUGUGUAUCGUAAACCUGUGGGAAGCAUAUUUGCCAACAUUUUCAAGAUAAUACGAGAUGCAUGGAGAAUGAAGAAAAGAAAGAAAGAACAGCAUUUUGACCACAGAUUAGAAUUUCAAAGGGGUCAAGCAGAUCUAGUACCAAAUGCUCAAUCCAUCAGUUUUUUAGACCAUGCCAAGUUCCGGUUUGGUGGCACGUUCCAUGAUAACGAUGUAGAUGAUGUAAAGCAGCUGGGUAAGAUCCUGGUUGUGUUUGCGGCAUUGUUACCAUACUGGAUGGUUUACUAUCAGAUGGAGACAACAUUUUUGGUUCAAGGUUUACAUAUGAAGCUGUACACAGAUGAAUAUAAUGUAACUCGUUCUUGUAACGACCCGACUAAAAUUUGGGCACCAUAUUCCAAAGAUACAGCCAAUUUAUCAAAGUUUAGUAUAGCAGUAGCGUGGCUGACGUUAUUUGAUGUCAUUUUGUUGAUAGUUCUCAUUCCGAUCAUGGACCGUAUAAUUUACCCAUGGAUACGUCAGAAGGGUUGGAACCUGAGUAUGUUAAUGAGAAUUAUGAUCGGGCUCGGAUUUGCUGUUGUCGCCAUUUUUGUGGCCGGUAUAGUCGAACAUUUCCGGUUAAAGAAGUAUUGGGAUUACCAACCUUCAACAAAUAAAACAAUAAAACAAUUGAUAGAUGAAGGUGUUGUAUACUAUGCGGCAAACAUGAGUAUAUUCUGGCAGAUACCGCAGUAUAGUCUGAUUGGUUUCAGUGAAAUCUUCACAAGUAUAGCAGGAUUAGAGUUUGCCAGCAUGGUCUCGCCAAGAUCUAUGAAAAGCAGUGUGAUGGGGCUUUUCUAUUUUUUCUCUGGACUUGGUAGUUUUCUUGGGUUUGCAGUGUUGCAUGCUUUUGAAGGGACAUGGUUUUUCCAAGAAGAUCAUGGCAACAUAAAUUGCAGAAAAGGUUGUUUCGGAUCAAGAGGGGACUGUCAUUUAGACUAUUACUUCUACUUCCUGUGCGGAAUUGCCGUAUUGGGAAUUCCGUUAUUUUAUUUCAUUGUGAAAAAACUAAAAAUAGAACCGUUACCAGAGACGCCCGAGAGAAGUGCCGACAACAGUUCUAAUAAACGAAGAACGGGGCAUGUGAUUGGGAGACGCAGUGGCGGAAAUUUUGAAAACACUUCAAUAUCUGAUCGGCCAACGACGCCAAAGGCAGUUUCUGAUGCAGAAUCAGGAGCAUCGGAGUCCGGUUCUGUCGGUUACGGCGCUACGGACGAUAAUCAAAGAACCAAAUCAAUGAAUAACGUCGUCCAAAAUCCACCUGUAAAGAGAACCAUACCUAAAUCCAGAAGUGGACGGAUCGGAGGCCCGAUUACUGACUAGAUGUCAUUAUUAUAAUAAAAGCUAUAAAUGUGAUACUGAAGUGAAGUAGUUAAUAUAACUUACAUUAGAAAUACAAGUGUCAGUAUAGACUUGUUUAUAGUAUUGGCAAUGUAAAUAUUAAAUAUCCGAGAUCUGGGAAGUGCAGUCAUGACUAUAUGCACAUAAAUCAGUGUUCCGGCUUGAAUUGGAAUCUUGGUACAAAAACACUUUCUUCCUUGAUUUUUUACCUGUAUACAACAAAUUUACCUAGAGGUACUGAAGUCUAAAAUUGUGCUAAGUUACCCCUAUAAUAUUAUUAUAGUGGUAUAUGGGUUAAUUACCCCAAUAGGGGGUCAUACAGGAACACUGAUGGAUUUGGUCAUAAUAAAACUAUACAUGUAUAUCACUAAUCAUGAUAGCAUAUCAAAUAAUCACUGUUUGUAAUACACUCAUGACUAAACUUCCUCACAUGUACGGAAUACUCAUGUGGGUCAGUGAAGAAGACUGAAAUAACGAUAAAAAGUUGUAUAUUUAUCACUAUUAAUGCGUCGUCGGAACCAGUAUGGUACACAUUCUGUAUAUAUAACAUUUAUGCUGAUAGCGGUAAGUAACUUGGGUAAUCGUGGAUGCAUUAAUGAAGAUCAUUUAUUCAGACACAUUAUCACAAAGUUAGUACCAAUUACAUACAUGUAUGUCUCACCAUAACCAUUUGUUCAACAUUUUAAAGUGUUCAUACAUUACAGGAAUAACUAACAGUCUAACUUAAUAUAUAUAUUUUUUUUUAAUUUUGCAGGAAUCAAUUUUUAUAUCAAUGAAAUAUUCUCGAGCAUUUGAUAACAUAAAAAUUUCCAACACCAAUUGAAUUUUAAAAUUAUGUAUUAUAAAACAGCAUUUUUGUAACUUGAUUGCAACUUUGGACCUCAUUAGCAAAUGCAACAGAUACCUCCAAGGUUAUCUGAAGGCCUUGAGGUUAUAAAACUUUUUUUCUGAAUUCUAUCUCAAACCUCAGGAUUUUCAUUGGUCAGGGUACAUUCUAUGACAGUUUCUGACCAAUCAACUACCUGAGAUCUGAGUUUGAAGAAUUUCUUUAUAACCUUGGGGCCAGCUGAUGGCUGAUUCUUAACAAGUAUUAUAUAAAUGCAUUGGCUCAAAUUCUGCUCAUACUUAUUUUUAGCUUGUUUGUUUCAAAGAAAAUGUCCAGCUAUUAUGAUCGCUGUGGCGGUGUAGUCAAUGUGUAAAACCUUUACUGCAGCCCAUUAUUCAAACAUUUAAAAAGGAAUCAACAUGAAACUUAGAAUACUUGCUUAUCAUGACAAGAUGCAGUUGUUAGAAAAGGGGGAUAAUUUUGAAAUCAGUAUUUGU